GUCCCUAAAGAGGUCUUUUUUUAACACAAUGGUGAUUAUACAUAUAAAACACAAAGAUCAGAAUCAGUUUCUGUUCGAGACAACUCUGAAGAUGUCCGUCGACGAGGUAGUCAAAUCCAUUGCUGCAAUUUAUAACGGCAGAUUGAAGAUUCAGCGCGUGUGCAUGGAAAUAGAAGAAUUGGCUAAACACGGAACUCUUCUACCACCUGAAAUUCUGGGUUUAACCGACGAACAGGUGGAGGAGAUGAAUUUGAAGGACGAGUGGGGCGAGAAGUGCAUACCUAGUGGAGGAUUUGAUUUUAGCAAGGAUCCUAUUGGAAGAAGAAACGGAAAAGCACCUAAAAAAGAAAUGGGGGAUAUUUUGCAUAAGGCUAUAAACGAAGCGAAGGAGAUGAUUAGUAAAAAUUUGAUAGUGAUGGGGAAGUGCUUAACAAUGAAAAUCGUCCAAGAAGCCCUCAAUAUCUUGAAAGGAGCAGUUCUCAUCGUCUACCCGAUGAAAUUGCCUCCACACGACGUGAUCCGUAUGGAAUUUGAGAACGUUGAAGACUUGACCGGUACUCAGGCCUCUUUGGAUGUUAUCGACCCAAGUACGGCACAGCUAUGGUUCAGUGGAAAGGAAAUGUAUCGCGACGGGAAAACUGUCGGUGAUUACGUGGGGAAAAUAGAAUGCUGCAAAGUUAUUAUAAAGUUGACUAAACGGGGAGAGGGACCACCAGGCAGGGAGCCAAUCAUGACCGAGGAAGAAAGGAAACAACUGAUGUUGCACUCUUAUAGACGUCAAGAGGAACUAAAGAGAUUGACGGAAGAUGACGACGAUGAGUAUUUAAACUCCGAAUGGGCGGACGGCGCCAAUUUGAAGAAAUCCUUCCACGGCUUGCAAAAUAUAUCCUGGCGAGUGGGGAGAAAGUGUUGAACUUUUUUUUUGUCAAUUAGCAUGAUCGAUCAGCGCCUUAUCAGUGUACAUACAGCAUCGAAUUUGUUAAUGUUUUUCUCAUUGUCCUAGGCCUAAUCUUAUCGAUUCGUGAUGCGUUACCUUGUUUACCGAAAUUCCUGAAUUACUCGCGACCCAAAUUGCUGCAAUUGCGUAGUUUUGUGAAAGUGUAAAAAAAAACUGUAUUUGUUUAAGAUUUUGGAGGCCAUUAAUUUUUUUAACUAAAUCGAAAAUUGACGGAAAUAGAUAAUAUUUAAUGCUUAGCCUGGCGACGCCAAUCCUUGGCACGAUUUUGUUAGAACUGGAGCAGAGACACCAUACAGCGUGUUUCAUUAUGGCUGGCACCGUUUAAGCUAGAUAUAGUAGAUUCCUUAAAAAGGUGAUGUAGUAAAAUAGCUUAGUGAACAUAAAUAGAAAUGUUAAUUACUAUUUUGUAAAACAAAAUUGUCCCAACAACAGGAUA